GCGCCGCCGGUCCCUCGUCUAGCGGGGGGCUGGCGGACGGAGCUCCUACGUCACGUGGUUAUCUCCUCCAUUGCUGGCUGGUCGGACCAAGAAGAGACGAGCUAACCUAGCGAGCUAACUGACUCGCACCGCUAGCCGUUUGUAACCCGGGACAGUCGCGUCAAGUCACCUCAAACACGGUCCUAUUUUCCCUUUUGAUUCGGAGGCACCACCGCUGCUGAUUUGCCCCUAAAGUCGCCUUCUCCGCUCCAGGAGAAAACGAAGUGGAGCCAUGUACAAUGGCAUCGGCCUGACCACACCUCGGGGCAGCGGCACCAAUGGCUAUGUGCAGCGCAACCUCUCCAGCCUGCGGGCCAAGCGGCCGCGGGACGAGCGUGGCGGAGAGCGCGACGAGAAGGACCGCGAGAGGCUGGAGAGCCAGCUGAACCGGCAGCCCAACGCAGAGAUCCUGGAGCACCAGCGCAAGAGGCAGCUGGAGGUCAAGUGUGCCGAGCUCCAGGACAUGAUGGAGGAGCAAGGGUAUUCUGUGGAGGAGAUCGACGAGAAGGUCAACAGCUUCCGUAUGAUGCUGCAGGAGAAGCAGGAGCCUGCACCAGCCACAACAGAUAGGCCAGCGGCGACCGAGACUCACGCCCUGGCCGCGGCCAACCAGCAGAAGAACGACCGGCUGCGUGACGCGUUCGGCAUCUCCAAAGACUACGUGGACGGCUCGUCCUUCCACCCGGAGCGCAAGGAGCGGGAGAAGGAGAAGAGGGACCAAGAGCGCCUUGACAAGGAGAAGCAGCAGCAGCAACAGCAGCAGAAAUAUGUGGUGAUAGAAGAGUCUGAAGAUUCGGAUUCCCCUCCCAGGAAACAAAGCCGGAAGAAGAAAAAGAAGAACAAGAACCGCGACAGCUCGGAGAGUGGCUCCCCCUCUCCCCGACGAGAGAAGAAGAAAUCCAAGAAGAAGAAAAAGAAGAGGGAGGCCUCAUCAGACGAAGAAGAGGAGAGCAACAGUUCUUCAGGGGAGAAGGCAAAGGCCUCCAAGAGGAAGCGGAAGGGUGAAGCGGCCGUCUCGCCGGACGCCAAGGCUGCGCGUGCCACCAGUAUCUCAUCUGGCUCUGCUCGAAGCCCAUCUCCCAUGCUCCCGAGGGCACGGCAACCGGACCAGCCGGGCAAAAGAGCGGACGAGGGCCGAAGGGGGCGGUCCCCGGAUGUGAGGGGGCGUGGCCCCGAGGAGACCAGCCCAAAGCGCCAUGGCAACAGGGGGAAGUCUCCCGUAGCCCACAGCUCACCGGAACCACAGCGGGCCAACAAGGAGAAGAAACGGGCCAACGACAAGGUCUCCUCCAAGAGGCAGGACUCGCGCUCUCCCUCUCCGGCGCCACAGCAACAGGAGAAGCCCCGGGGCCGAGAGGUCCCGGACAGGGCCCGGCGCUCCAAGAGCCCGGAACACCGGGAGCACCAGGCCAGAGGGCGGGAGGUCCACGAGAAACCCAGACGCUCCAAGAGCCCGGUGCAUCGGGACAACCCGAUCAGGGCGCGCCACGUUCAGGAGAGGCCCCGGCGCUCCCAGAGCCCCGCACACCGCGACCAGGCCCGGGGCCGGGAGGGCCCGGACAAGGGCCGGCGCUCCAAGAGCCCGGAACAACGCGACCAGGCCCGGGGCCGCGAGGGCCCGGACAAGGGCCGGCGCUCCAAGAGCCCGGAACACCGGGAGCAGGCCCGAGGGCGGGAUGUUCAGGAAAAACCCAGGCGCUCCCGGAGCCGAGACGAAAAGGGGCCAAGCCGGGCGGCCCCUCAGAAGAACAGACACGACUCCUCCUCAUCCCCCUCGCCUCCCCCUCGCCCCGUCAAAAGCCGAGAGGCCGAGCGGGAAAAGGACGGAAAGAGGCAGGACAGAAAGGCGAGACAGGACUCGUCUUCCUCGCGCUCUCCGCCACCACAGAGGGAGCGCGGGAAGCGGGACAGGAGCGGCGACCGCGAGCCCCGGAAGGAGAGGGAUUCCUCGCGGGACCGGGCCUCCGGAAGGCCCAGAGGGAGGGAGAGGGACUCUUCCCCGCCUCGGGGACAGAGGAGCAACAGGGGGAGGUCCUCUCCCGCCCCGGCCCUCACCAACGGCCAGCAGAAGGGCCGAGAGGGCGAGGCCAAGGCCCGGAGGGCGAGGGACAGCGGCUCGGAGGAGAGGAGCGUGACCCGGGGCAACAAGGAGGGCGAGGAGGAGGCGGCGGCGCAGCGCGGCCGCCAGUCUGGAGCCAACGCCCGGCGGGAGCCCGCUCGGUCCCCCUCUGGCGAGAGACGCCCGGACGGACGCGGGAACGACGCGGUCAAGGGGAGGGAAGUGCGAGUGGAGGUUAGCGCGAGGCGCGGGAAGGAGGCCCCUCCGGAGAAGAAGGAGAAGGCCGGGGCCAAGCAGAAGGCCGGGGGGAAGAGCGGCCAGGAGAGCAGCAGCAGCAGCGGGAGCAGUGACAGCGACAGCUCCUCGUCCUCCUCCUCCUCGUCCUCCUCCGGUUCAUCUUCGUCCUCCUCCUCGUCUGAGGACGAGGGCAAGGCCAAGAAGGCGGCCGCCAAAGAGAAGAGCGCCUCGCCCAAGAGGGCCGCGGGCGUGGCCUCCGUCGGAGGGGCCGUUCAGCGGUAUCUGGCCAACGGAGGGAAGGCCAGCCCCGCGGGCAAGGGGGACGCCCAGAGGCGGAGCCCGGAGAGAGGCGGAGGCGCCGGGGAGGAGAGGGGCCGGGAGCGGGCCCGGGGCCAGGAGCGCUACAGCCCCACCCAGAUGGACAGCCCCAGCCCCCCGCCCGCGUCCCCCCCCAGGAGGGUCACCGCCCUGCCACCGGUGGCCCCCUCCCGGGCCGGAGACUCGGUCGACCGCGGCGGGGAGCGCGACAAGCCCAAGGAGAGGGACGUGGAGAAGAGGCACGAGAGGCCCGCCAGCCCCCCCGGGCGGAGGUCCCGCUCCGCGUCACCCAAGCCCCCGUCUGCGGCGGUCCCGUCGCGCCGAUCGCCCUCCCCUCCCCGCCGCACCCCGCCCCGCCAGUACCAGGACCCCCCCGCCCGCGGGCGCAGGCCCUCCCCGGCCCGGCGCAGCCGCAGCAGGGAGCACGGGCGGGACAGGGAGAGGGAGAGGCUGAGAGAGCGAGGCGGGCGGGAGAGGUCCAGGGAGAGGCCGGCCCAGAGGAGCCGCUCCAGGAGCGCCCGCAGACGCAGCAGCCCCCCCUACAGAUCCAGACGUUCCCCCUCCCCACACCGACGGAGGAACAGCCGCUCCCACUCCCGAGAGCGGCCCAGGGAACGGCCGCGGGAGAAGGAGCGCGGCGAGCGGGACCGGGAGCGCGAGAGGGAGCGCGAGAAGGAACGGGAGCGCGAGAAGGAGGCGCGGGAGAAGGAGCGCGAGCGGAGCCGGCAGCGGGACGCCGAGCGAGCACGGGAGCGCAAGGAGCGCCCGCCGCCCAAGGAGGAGGCGCGCCGCCGCCACCGGCCCGCCGCUCCGCCUCCUCGUCCUCCUCCUCUUCGUCGUCGUCCUCCUCCUCCAGCGCGUCGUCCCCCUCCCCCCAGCGGCAGAAGAAGGACGCCCCGCCACCGCCGAGAAGCCCGCCGCCGCCGCCAAGGAGCGGGAGCCCCGAGAGGCGAGCAGGAAGGCUGCCUCCCCCGCCCCCGUCCACCCGGCCAAAGAGCCCCCCUCCUCCUCCUCCUCCUCCUCCAGCCGCGUGCCCCCCCCAGAGGCCAGAGGGGGCCGUGAGAGGAGCCCCGCGCCGCGGCAGGUCAGCCCCGCCCGGGCCGCACAGCCCCCGGCGCCGCGGC